GUUAGUGUUGCCUCUGCAGCUCAGGUUCAAGAUUUAAAGCUUUUCACCCAAUUGUCUGCCAAUGCCUACUGCCGCAUCGUUGUUCCCCUCAACCAGUGGACUUGUGACCAUUGCUCUGCGGAUGAAACCCUUGUCAGUACAUUUUUUACUGUAUUGAUCGAUACAAAUGGCUUUAUUACCAGAAACGAUAAGACAAAGACCAUCAAUCUUGUCUUCAGGGGAACAAACUCAUUCCAAAACUUCUUUACUGACAUUACUCUUAUCACUCAAAGCUAUCCUCCCGUAAAGAAUGCCCGGAUCCAUGUCGGCUUUUAUACUGCUUACUUGGAUGUUCAGAAGUCAGUUAUCUCUACUAUGAUUGAGCAAAUCAGCAAGUAUCCUAGCUACAAUGUCGCAGUUUCCGGACAUUCACUUGGUGGUGCCCUUGCUGUAAUUGCUACUAUGGAUCUUUACCAGCGCGAUACUCGCUUCAACUCGAAUAAUUUAUUUCUCCGCACAUAUGGUCAACCUCGUAUCGGAAACCCUGACCUUGGUUAUUACCUUGCCGGAACUGGCAUUGAAUACAAGCGUACAGUCAAUGACCGUGACAUGGUUCCUCAUCUCCCUCCUCUCUCAAGUGAUUACAUGCACGUUGGUACUGAGCACUGGAAAAGAGACGAUGGAUCAGUCAAAAUUUGCACUAAUUUUGAAUCCAGUGGGUGCUCCAAUUCGAUCGUUCCUUUUACUACUAUUGUCGAUCAUCUAUCGUACUUCGACAUUAAUACAGGAUUGUGUCUC